AUGGAGGGGGUCAUGGAAAAAAGUUGCCACGAUUUGCUUUUGUUUGACUCUCCCGAGGUCAAAGUGCCAAUGGUCCCCGCCUCCGGAGAUUUCACCAACGAAAAAGACAUUGAGCUCCACCAAACGAUUUGUUCCAACACAAGUGAAAGGGAUCUUUUCUUCUACUCUAAUUUAAUUACCCAGCAACUGAUUGCUCAGAAAAGCGAGCCAAUCAAUCGGAAGAGAGAAGAGCCCGAGUCAAAAGAGGAAGAGUCGCCCUGCCUCAGAAGAGUCGGAAACAUUGGUCACGACUUUUGCUCUGAUUUUUACCUCUCAAGUAUCCCUUCAUUCCUCCAAAUGGAUUCUUCUUGUGAUUCAGAAAGUGACAUGUGA